AUGGAGAACUUAUGUAUCCUGAAGAAGUUUAACAUUUCUAUCCAUCCUCCAAAAGUCAGGAAAACCAUCAAUGUUCUUUGGCAACCUCCUAAUAGGGGUUGGAUCAAAUGCAACAUAGAUAACUUUGAUAUAGGUGUUCCAUCUUUUUGCUCUUGUGGUGGAAUAUUUAGAAACGACGCAGCGAAUCUCAUGGGAAGCUUUGUUAAUUUCUUGGGAGAUGGCAAUGUAUUACUUGCGGAAUUGUCAGUAGCCAUGACUGCAAUGGAGAUUGCUAGGGAGAGAAAGUGGAACAAUCUGUGGAUCGGAUCCAACUCAGCUAUUAUGGUGAAAGCUUUCACUAACUUUUCUCUUUUUUCUUGGAAAGUAAGAUCUAAAUGGGCAAAUUGUAUAUGUAUUACUCAUGACAUAAAUUUUUUGAUUCCUCGUAUUUUUAAGAAAGUCAAUGGUUGUGCGGAUUCGUUAGUCAUCAUUGAUUUCAUGUUCAAAACUAACUAUUGA